AUGCGCAAGCCCUCAGACCAGACAUUGGAAUUCGAACCUCCGGUUGAAAUGGGUCUGUCUUCAUUGCUGCCGCAAUGCUUGCCUGAACCUGCCCGCUCUGCCGAGUGCGGCAAUGAUGGUGUUGUUUCUUUGCCUUUCUUCCCGAAAUGGUUGCCUAAGCCUGUUCAACACCAAUCUCAGAGUGCGAGUGCCCCUUUGCCUUUUUUCCCAAAAUGGACUCCGCGACAGCAUCGUGCUUCGUUGCCCUUCUUCCCACAGUGGGCGCCAAAGGCUGCGCCGCAUCCAUCCAGCAGCAACCUGCCAGAGACCGUAGGAGGAAUGGUUGGCAGCACGCCGCCUCCGGUCUGUUUGUCUUCAACAACAUAUUGGAAUUUGCUAGCUGUGGGCGUUCCGCCUGCAAUCGCCCGAGAAGCGGCGCGUCGCCAUGUCGAUGAUUUCGAUGCUGCGUUGGAUUGGGCGUGUUCGUCAGAUAGACGACACACACGGGUCGGUGUUCCAGAUUGUGUUGACCUGGUUGACUCUUCCAGCAAUGCCAGCCCUCCACCUGGCGCUGCCUCUCCCAACCCGGUGAAUCUGCGCGUUCCGGCGUCGUGGUUGGCUUCUCCAACAAUCGCAGACGCAGGCUUGGCCCCGCAUCCUGAAUCUCUUGAUGCAGCAGCACCGCCGCCCUUGCCAUCUGUUCCUCCAUUUCCUGGAUCUUGGGUUUACUCGCCUUCUGUUCUUCCGGGAGUUUCUGCGUCUGCUGAUAUGCGUCUUGCAACCAACACCCCGGCGCUUCCAGCCCCUUGUUCCUUUCGGGAAGCUGCUUCCGAAGAUCUUCUCAACGUGCGCAGCGAGGCAGAAGCAGAUCCAGAUGUUGGGGCGCGCAGCGUUGGUCUUAGAUGCGUUGGCCCCCCAUGCUAUGUCGACGACCCAGCUGCCGAAGUGCAUUCCUGGUUCUGCUUGCUGGCAAAUUCCUGCGGUUCUGCUGGGUUUGAUCUUGAUUUUUGGUCCAGGAUGCCGCUCUAUUCGCAACACAUCCAGGAGCGCAGUCUCCGAGAAAUUGUUACGGAAUCUUUGGCAGCUAUCCAAGAUCUGCGCGGCUUAGAUUUGUCCAUAGAUCAAGCCGCUAAGUUACCGCGUUGUCUUGGCCAAACAACAUUGCUGCCUCUGGCUGUUGCAGCAGAGUUCUUACAUGAAGGUUGUGGCUUCCCUGCGAUUUUUGCCUUCGAUCUUUUCCAAUCAUGUCUCGCUUCCUGCCAGCACAAGGCGUUGGAGGUAGCACUGUAUGCUGCGAAAUCAAAAUCGUUCACAUGCAAGGCCCGGUGGUGGGCCUGCCCGACCGGCGACCCAAAUGCCGGCAAAUCACCAACUUGCGCCUUUGUCAUGAAAGCCUUUGUUGCCAUGGUAAAAUCCUUGCCUGAAGGCUGCUGGCCGGAUCAACAUUGGAUUGGUGUCGGAAAUAACAACCGGAUCCAAAACCGCCUUCGGGCUCUUGAUGGAACCCUUCUCCUCUAUGGUCCAGAAUCCAAGCCUAUCUUGGAUCCAAAUUUCCCCACCAAGAAAACGGUUGACACCGGGAAGUUUUUGGAUUUAACCCGGUGGCUGGAGGCAGCUAACGGUGGCCGGUUUGAAUGGGGCACCGGCGCUGAGGAGAAUGAACGGCAAAAGCGCAAAACAGCUUCAGGGCCAGUGACAGAACCAUGUAGUGCACCCCUGGUAUUUGACCCGACAAACAUCAAUCUAUGCCUCUUCCAACAAUUCAACUUGUUUGAGGAUUGGUGGUGCAAUGUCGAGGCAAUCCACAAGUGUGGCUUCAGCGCGCGGGUGCUCAUGAGUCCAACUGACCGUGCUAUUGUGAACCGAGACGUUGGCUUGCAAGACCCAACUUGCGUUGCAAAGCUUAUGUCUAAGAUUUGGACGCACACCGUAACGCACCAUGGACCGGAGAAGGCGCCAUCAGAACCCCUGUGCCCUUCCCUCCUGGCCCAGGGAGAAGUGCGAUCCCUAUAUUACGAACUGCACGAAGAAGAUCAGAAAGGUGGUUGGGGAUCUGCAAUGAAAUCAGCGCUUGGGAAGAUGGAAUACCAUGUCCCCACAACUGCUUGCCUCACUUCCUUGGCGUCCUGGGCUUUGAGUCCGCCAUCCCUGUCUAAUGCCCUCAGUGACAACUCCAUCAAAUGCGCUGUUUUGCACUUUGCCCUUCGCCUUUGCCAAAGUUGCGCCGUCGUGGAUUCAACAAUUCGGCGCAUUCAAGCAAGGCAAAAACUGCCGCCCGCUGCGCACUCCUUGCCGUCGCAGCAAGUCCGGCCACUCACGGCGCGGGUCUUGGAGACGUGCCGCAAAGAUCCAAUUCUCGAAACGCACCUCAGCUGUCACUUUGCCAUGCUCAGAGGCGCUGACAAGCGUCAGGACAGACUGGCUCUUCUAAACGAGCUUGUUCGCUUGGGGCUUGGUGAAAUCAAAGAGAAAAGGCGUCGGCAUGGAGGGGAGGGCCGCUGUGUGGAGUUUCAUCGGUGCCCGCUUAGUCCCACAGUUUCGGCUGCUCUUUUGACUCUGAACGUCCCAGAAGCUUUGUGGCCACGUCCUGCAACUCUUGCCCCCGCCCCAAUGCCUUCCGAUGCUGUUCCACCUAUGCAUGGUGCUGGAAAACGCGCCCGGGCCCAGGCCGCAGUGCAGCCAGAAGCCCCAGAAGCAGCAGAUCACCCAGAUGCCAAAAAGGGCCGGGGUCGCCCUUCUGCAAAAGAGGUUGAUGACCUAUAUUCAAUGCAGGCAACUCUUCCCUGUGAGCAAGAGCAGCUCUCCAAAGCAGACUUUCUAAACCAAGAAAAGGCCUGGGCAAGUUCGUUAGUUUCCGACCGCAACUUGCGCAUCAAAGGCCAGUUUGCUGCACAUAAAAAAGGCUUCAAAGUUCACCUGUGGUGCAAUUCUUGUGAUGCUUGUCAGGAUCGGAAAGGCUGGAAGGCCAUUUGCACGUAUAAUCGAGAUGAGAAGCUAAUUCAUAGAAAGUCCACGCCGAUAGCUUCUCAUGGCGAUUUCAAUGCCACCCGGGCCUGGAACCCUUUAACCAGCACUGCAGAGCAUGCAUUGAAGCAGUUCGUGCAAGCAAAUGCGCAUUUCUCGACGCAGGACUUGGUGAAAAUUGUCGAGAAGCACCAGCCAGAUCGCCCGACCGAUGCAUUCCUCCAAACAUGGGGAAAAAACCAUCGGGUUCACAAAGGCUCUGCAAAAAGCCGCACAAGUUCUUUCAAGUGGGUUGAAUCAGAUUGGCGGCAGUUGGAGCGAGACCUUGGCUCUGCACUGGACUUGGAAGAAGCUGUGAAUGAGCUUAAAAUUGCCGGCCUCUUGUUGGAACGAGAGCAGACGGCGAUCAUCUUUUGCAACCCAAUGUUGCUCGAAGAGACUUUGCACAGCUUGACCAACAGGGUCUACAUAAAGUUGUGCGGAGAUGGAACGUUUAGGCUCACCGAAGAAGACUGGGUGCUCAUGACCGUUGGUGUUUUGUCCAAACAUUAUUCCGAAUCCGAAGGCGUGGAGGCAUUUCGCACUGCCUUUCACCCUCUUGUUUUCGGCCUUGCCAACAAGGAAAGCCAGCCAACUUAUCAGGUCUUGUUCGAAGCAUUGUGUGCUUGCGCCGAGAAAUUUGCUGGUGUGGAUUUGCGGUCGUCGUGCCAGCAGUAUCAUGUUGACAUGCACCCUGGCGAGGACCUUGCGCAAAGAUCCGUGUUCAUCAAUGCCAGCCGUGUGGCCGACUGGGCCCAUGUUAUUGGUGCUUGCAACCGUCCAAAAGCUUCAAAGCAUUUAGCGCUUGGUGAUGAGCGGAUCAAAAUUUUCCGAUCCGGUGCGUUUGCCACGAUGCAAAACAAUUUCACGCGAGCAGGCCAGAAGCUUUUACCCUUGGUCAAACGUGCCUUCUUCUGCCUACGCUCUGUCCCCACAGCAAUGAUUUUCCAUUCCAUUGCAGCACUCCUACUUCAAACCCUCGUGUCUCAGCAGCCACCGGAAGAGAAAGCAGCCAAAGCACUGCAGCGGCAUUAUCUUGUCAAGCAUGGCCGCCAGCAAGCGCAAGCGAACUUCAAGGUGGAGGAUUGGCCCGGUGAGCAAAACACAUUCUACACCGCAGAAUGGUGGUGCGGCUUGCAGCGGAUACAGCCCGGCUCCGCUUCUGGCACGCAAGCGCAAGAGUCGUGGCACCGCUGGAAGCUCAAGAAAUACCUUGGCCUUCGUUCCGACUUGUCUUCCUUCUCCAAGAAUUUAGCUGAUUUCACUAAAUCCCGGCUUAUGGACUUGCGUGGGGAAGGCUCAUGUCUCCCAGACAUGCCGCCUGAACCUUUUCCCGAUAAGACUGUUUUGCAAGAUUCAAAUGUUUUGACGCGGCAAGGCCGGUCAUCCGCAGAUCAAUACUUUCGUACACGGGCAUGGGACAGAUUUGAUGAUGCCGACGGGACCACAUUUUUUUGCAUGCGUCGCACACUGGCCACUUAUGACCAUGCGUCCAACAGUUGGAAAAAUACACCCGACAAUGCGGUGCCAUGUCCUUCAUCUGGUUUUGCGCAAGCUUUUGCGAAUCUGGUCCGGGCGAAUUCUGAAGCUUGCCUAAUCCGUGCCUUGUUCAGCCUUGGCUUGGCGCAGCCCCUUUUGGAUUUAGAGAAGCUUUUGAAGCUGUUGGAUUCCUAUGUCCUUGUUGCUGUCGGCCCGUUUGCUUCUCAAUUCUGGCGUCGGGAGUCCCUUGCAGGGGAGGCUAAUCCACACACACAAGGCUUCUGUGCAUUUUGUCAUGAGUUUUGCCUGCACGCAACCUGUGAGCACAUGCACGCGGCCUUCCUUAUCUUAGGGCAACUGUCUCUCCAACGGCCUGUCUUUCCGGAACGGAGCAAGCCCGUGCCACUGUUUGAACAAGACCCGGUAGAAGUCUUGCUGCCGGCAGCGUUGGGUGGACUCUCAGCGCGCGGCCAGACCCGGCCUGACCCGCUCGACCUUCCUCGAGAAAAUGCGAACCUCACCGCCUUUCUGCGUGCCCACAAUUGGAUUUUGUGGAACCGGCCGCUGCAGCAGCAGCAGAUGACAGUGCAACAACUGUCCAGCCUCACCUUCGCAGAUCUGCGCCUUGCUGCGCCGACUAUUCCUUCCGGCGUUCUCCUCCAAAUUCAAUCUGCUGCCUGCGAGUGGAUGCAUCGUGAGGCCGAGACCUUGGAAUCUAAGCUCAACAAAAUCAGUUCCGUGUUCAAGCCGUCAGUCCGGAUGUCUGGCUCGUUCACGCUGGCUCUCCGGAUGUCUGACUCCCAGCUUCGUUCCUGCGCAUUCCAGAAGAAGAUUUCAGCUCAAUCUUUUGCGUCACUUGCGAACAAGUCUGCUGAACCUGCCCCACUAUCAGUUGCAGCCUUAGCUGUCUUGUUUGCUGCGAAGACGUCAUGUUCUGUCGUGGUGCGCGCUCUGAGUUUUUUUUGUCGCAUGCUGUCUGCUUUCUUCAUGUCCACCGGUGUUCCUGCGCAGUACUGUGCAGUGGUGCGUUUGACCAGUGUGCCGGUGCCCGAAGCACUUCCAGGGGAGAAUGCUUGCGUUCUCAGGUACUCUACCGAAGCCAUGCCAGCAGCUGCUUUCCUACGUCUGGCGUCUUCAACCGAUCUCCAACUGAAUCCUGACCUCGUUGUCUUGGAUUUGUCUUCCCGAUGCAUUCCCCGCCGAAAGACUUCCAAGCCGUUCAAGUUCGCCAGCGGGAGCCAUGGCGUGCCCUUGGACGUGUUCGGUCCUGUCACUGACACGCGCCACAUUCGUUUGCUGGUUUCUGCCUUCAGUCGCCUACCAUCGCUGACCUCACAAUCUGUCCGACGAGCAUGGUCAUCCACUGCAGAUGCAGCGCCAAUGCGCAAGCCCUCAGACCAGACAUUGGAAUUCGAACCUCCGGUUGAAAUGGGUCUGUCUUCAUUGCUGCCGCAAAGCUUGCCUGAACCUGCCCGCUCUGCCGAGUGCGGCAAUGAUGGUGUUGUUUCUUUGCCUUUCUUCCCGAAAUGGUUGCCUAAGCCUGUUCAACACCAAUCUCAGAGUGCGAGUGCCCCUUUGCCUUUUUUCCCAAAAUGGACUCCGCGACAGCAUCGUGCUUCGUUGCCCUUCUUCCCACAGUGGGCGCCAAAGGCUGCGCCGCAUCCAUCCAGCAGCAACCUGCCAGAGACCGUAGGAGGAAUGGUUGGCAGCACGCCGCCUCCGGUCUGUUUGUCUUCAACAACAUAUUGGAAUUUGCUAGCUGUGGGCGUUCCGCCUGCAAUCGCCCGAGAAGCGGCGCGUCGCCAUGUCGAUGAUUUCGAUGCUGCGUUGGAUUGGGCGUGUUCGUCAGAUAGACGACACACACGGGUCGGUGUUCCAGAUUGUGUUGACCUGGUUGACUCUUCCAGCAAUGCCAGCCCUCCACCUGGCGCUGCCUCUCCCAACCCGGUGAAUCUGCGCGUUCCGGCGUCGUGGUUGGCUUCUCCAACAAUCGCAGACGCAGCCUUGGCCCCGCAUCCUGAAUCUCUUGAUGCAGCAGCACCGCCGCCCUUGCCAUCUGUUCCUCCAUUUCCUGGAUCUUGGGUUUACUCGCCUUCUGUUCUUCCGGGCGUUUCUGCGUCUGCUGAUAUGCGUCUUGCAACCAACACCCCGGCGCUUCCAGCCCCUUGUUCCUUUCGGGAAGCUGCUUCCGAAGAUCUUCUCAACGUGCGCAGCGAGGCAGAAGCAGAUCCAGAUGUUGGGGCGCGCAGCGUUGGUCUUAGAUGCGUUGGCCCCCCAUGCUAUGUCGACGACCCAGCUGCCGAAGUGCAUUCCUGGUUCUGCUUGCUGGCAAAUUCCUGCGGUUCUGCUGGGUUUGAUCUUGAUUUUUGGUCCAGGAUGCCGCUCUAUUCGCAACACAUCCAGGAGCGCAGUCUCCGAGAAAUUGUUACGGAAUCUUUGGCAGCUAUCCAAGAUCUGCGCGGCUUAGAUUUGUCCAUAGAUCAAGCCGCUAAGUUACCGCGUUGUCUUGGCCAAACAACAUUGCUGCCUCUGGCUGUUGCAGCAGAGUUCUUACAUGAAGGUUGUGGCUUCCCUGCGAUUUUUGCCUUCGAUCUUUUCCAAUCAUGUCUCGCUUCCUGCCAGCACAAGGCGUUGGAGGUAGCACUGUAUGCUGCGAAAUCAAAAUCGUUCACAUGCAAGGCCCGGUGGUGGGCCUGCCCGACCGGCGACCCAAAUGCCGGCAAAUCACCAACUUGCGCCUUUGUCAUGAAAGCCUUUGUUGCCAUGGUAAAAUCCUUGCCUGAAGGCUGCUGGCCGGAUCAACAUUGGAUUGGUGUCGGAAAUAACAACCGGAUCCAAAACCGCCUUCGGGCUCUUGAUGGAACCCUUCUCCUCUAUGGUCCAGAAUCCAAGCCUAUCUUGGAUCCAAAUUUCCCCACCAAGAAAACGGUUGACACCGGGAAGUUUUUGGAUUUAACCCGGUGGCUGGAGGCAGCUAACGGUGGCCGGUUUGAAUGGGGCACCGGCGCUGAGGAGAAUGAACGGCAAAAGCGCAAAACAGCUUCAGGGCCAGUGACAGAACCAUGUAGUGCACCCCUGGUAUUUGACCCGACAAACAUCAAUCUAUGCCUCUUCCAACAAUUCAACUUGUUUGAGGAUUGGUGGUGCAAUGUCGAGGCAAUCCACAAGUGUGGCUUCAGCGCGCGGGUGCUCAUGAGUCCAACUGACCGUGCUAUUGUGAACCGAGACGUUGGCUUGCAAGACCCAACUUGCGUUGCAAAGCUUAUGUCUAAGAUUUGGACGCACACCGUAACGCACCAUGGACCGGAGAAGGCGCCAUCAGAACCCCUGUGCCCUUCCCUCCUGGCCCAGGGAGAAGUGCGAUCCCUAUAUUACGAACUGCACGAAGAAGAUCAGAAAGGUGGUUGGGGAUCUGCAAUGAAAUCAGCGCUUGGGAAGAUGGAAUACCAUGUCCCCACAACUGCUUGCCUCACUUCCUUGGCGUCCUGGGCUUUGAGUCCGCCAUCCCUGUCUAAUGCCCUCAGUGACAACUCCAUCAAAUGCGCUGUUUUGCACUUUGCCCUUCGCCUUUGCCAAAGUUGCGCCGUCGUGGAUUCAACAAUUCGGCGCAUUCAAGCAAGGCAAAAACUGCCGCCCGCUGCGCACUCCUUGCCGUCGCAGCAAGUCCGGCCACUCACGGCGCGGGUCUUGGAGACGUGCCGCAAAGAUCCAAUUCUCGAAACGCACCUCAGCUGUCACUUUGCCAUGCUCAGAGGCGCUGACAAGCGUCAGGACAGACUGGCUCUUCUAAACGAGCUUGUUCGCUUGGGGCUUGGUGAAAUCAAAGAGAAAAGGCGUCGGCAUGGAGGGGAGGGCCGCUGUGUGGAGUUUCAUCGGUGCCCGCUUAGUCCCACAGUUUCGGCUGCUCUUUUGACUCUGAACGUCCCAGAAGCUUUGUGGCCACGUCCUGCAACUCUUGCCCCCGCCCCAAUGCCUUCCGAUGCUGUUCCACCUAUGCAUGGUGCUGGAAAACGCGCCCGGGCCCAGGCCGCAGUGCAGCCAGAAGCCCCAGAAGCAGCAGAUCACCCAGAUGCCAAAAAGGGCCGGGGUCGCCCUUCUGCAAAAGAGGUUGAUGACCUAUAUUCAAUGCAGGCAACUCUUCCCUGUGAGCAAGAGCAGCUCUCCAAAGCAGACUUUCUAAACCAAGAAAAGGCCUGGGCAAGUUCGUUAGUUUCCGACCGCAACUUGCGCAUCAAAGGCCAGUUUGCUGCACAUAAAAAAGGCUUCAAAGUUCACCUGUGGUGCAAUUCUUGUGAUGCUUGUCAGGAUCGGAAAGGCUGGAAGGCCAUUUGCACGUAUAAUCGAGAUGAGAAGCUAAUUCAUAGAAAGUCCACGCCGAUAGCUUCUCAUGGCGAUUUCAAUGCCACCCGGGCCUGGAACCCUUUAACCAGCACUGCAGAGCAUGCAUUGAAGCAGUUCGUGCAAGCAAAUGCGCAUUUCUCGACGCAGGACUUGGUGAAAAUUGUCGAGAAGCACCAGCCAGAUCGCCCGACCGAUGCAUUCCUCCAAACAUGGGGAAAAAACCAUCGGGUUCACAAAGGCUCUGCAAAAAGCCGCACAAGUUCUUUCAAGUGGGUUGAAUCAGAUUGGCGGCAGUUGGAGCGAGACCUUGGCUCUGCACUGGACUUGGAAGAAGCUGUGAAUGAGCUUAAAAUUGCCGGCCUCUUGUUGGAACGAGAGCAGACGGCGAUCAUCUUUUGCAACCCAAUGUUGCUCGAAGAGACUUUGCACAGCUUGACCAACAGGGUCUACAUAAAGUUGUGCGGAGAUGGAACGUUUAGGCUCACCGAAGAAGACUGGGUGCUCAUGACCGUUGGUGUUUUGUCCAAACAUUAUUCCGAAUCCGAAGGCGUGGAGGCAUUUCGCACUGCCUUUCACCCUCUUGUUUUCGGCCUUGCCAACAAGGAAAGCCAGCCAACUUAUCAGGUCUUGUUCGAAGCAUUGUGUGCUUGCGCCGAGAAAUUUGCUGGUGUGGAUUUGCGGUCGUCGUGCCAGCAGUAUCAUGCUGACAUGCACCCUGGCGAGGACCUUGCGCAAAGAUCCGUGUUCAUCAAUGCCAGCCGUGUGGCCGACUGGGCCCAUGUUAUUGGUGCUUGCAACCGUCCAAAAGCUUCAAAGCAUUUAGCGCUUGGUGAUGAGCGGAUCAAAAUUUUCCGAUCCGGUGCGUUUGCCACGAUGCAAAACAAUUUCACGCGAGCAGGCCAGAAGCUUUUACCCUUGGUCAAACGUGCCUUCUUCUGCCUACGCUCUGUCCCCACAGCAAUGAUUUUCCAUUCCAUUGCAGCACUCCUACUUCAAACCCUCGUGUCUCAGCAGCCACCGGAAGAGAAAGCAGCCAAAGCACUGCAGCGGCAUUAUCUUGUCAAGCAUGGCCGCCAGCAAGCGCAAGCGAACUUCAAGGUGGAGGAUUGGCCCGGUGAGCAAAACACAUUCUACACCGCAGAAUGGUGGUGCGGCUUGCAGCGGAUACAGCCCGGCUCCGCUUCUGGCACGCAAGCGCAAGAGUCGUGGCACCGCUGGAAGCUCAAGAAAUACCUUGGCCUUCGUUCCGACUUGUCUUCCUUCUCCAAGAAUUUAGCUGAUUUCACUAAAUCCCGGCUUAUGGACUUGCGUGGGGAAGGCUCAUGUCUCCCAGACAUGCCGCCUGAACCUUUUCCCGAUAAGACUGUUUUGCAAGAUUCAAAUGUUUUGACGCGGCAAGGCCGGUCAUCCGCAGAUCAAUACUUUCGUACACGGGCAUGGGACAGAUUUGAUGAUGCCGACGGGACCACAUUUUUUUGCAUGCGUCGCACACUGGCCACUUAUGACCAUGCGUCCAACAGUUGGAAAAAUACACCCGACAAUGCGGUGCCAUGUCCUUCAUCUGGUUUUGCGCAAGCUUUUGCGAAUCUGGUCCGGGCGAAUUCUGAAGCUUGCCUAAUCCGUGCCUUGUUCAGCCUUGGCUUGGCGCAGCCCCUUUUGGAUUUAGAGAAGCUUUUGAAGCUGUUGGAUUCCUAUGUCCUUGUUGCUGUCGGCCCGUUUGCUUCUCAAUUCUGGCGUCGGGAGUCCCUUGCAGGGGAGGCUAAUCCACACACACAAGGCUUCUGUGCAUUUUGUCAUGAGUUUUGCCUGCACGCAACCUGUGAGCACAUGCACGCGGCCUUCCUUAUCUUAGGGCAACUGUCUCUCCAACGGCCUGUCUUUCCGGAACGGAGCAAGCCCGUGCCACUGUUUGAACAAGACCCGGUAGAAGUCUUGCUGCCGGCAGCGUUGGGUGGACUCUCAGCGCGCGGCCAGACCCGGCCUGACCCGCUCGACCUUCCUCGAGAAAAUGCGAACCUCACCGCCUUUCUGCGUGCCCACAAUUGGAUUUUGUGGAACCGGCCGCUGCAGCAGCAGCAGAUGACAGCGCAACAACUGUCCAGCCUCACCUUCGCAGAUCUGCGCCUUGCUGCGCCGACUAUUCCUUCCGGCGUUCUCCUCCAAAUUCAAUCUGCUGCCUGCGAGUGGAUGCAUUGUGAGGCCGAGACCUUGGAAUCUAAGCUCAACAAAAUCAGUUCCGUGUCACUUGCGGCUGUCCUUCCAUGUCUGCUUCGUUUUGCCUUUGCCUAG